UUUUGCAUUUUGUUAAAAACUUUGCAAAAGAUUGUUUUCAUUGUUAAAAUGCUUAUCUAACCAUUUUCAGACUUAGAAUUUACUGAUUGCAACGUAAAACCAUACUGCAAGAAUUUAACUAGCUUCAGUUCGGAAGGAGAAAAACGCAGAAACCAAAAAUGAGUUUCGUAGAUCUUGCAACGCUGACUAUGCAUCGGCGAAACGAAUUGGAAGCUAGGCUGAACAUAUUUCACGAAAAGUGUGAUCGAGCGGUUGAAGACAUAAAAAAGUUGAAAACUAAGACACAAGGCUUUGUCCUUCAGUUGAACUGUGACCCGGCAGAGCUCAAGGAGCGGUUCCUAAGCUCCAUGAAACAGCUAGAUGAGUACAUGUAUCUUAUUACGGACUUCAAUCUUGCUGUUUCAAAACUUGAUGAAGCAUCAGUAGACUACACACCAGUUCAGGACACGUUCGCUAAACCGUUGCAGCCAUUAGCACCCUUAACCCCCUACAAUCUCAUGGACGCUCUGAGCGAGCCAGCCCCCUCCACAUCAACUGCCUGCUCAAACAAUUGCCCUCCAGAGAAACCGAAAAGGGUAAAGACACCGAAAGCUGACCAGACAUUGAUUGUGUUCUCAAGCUCUUCAUCAUCUGAAGAAACGGUGUCUCAAGCAAAAAUCGCAGUGGCUGCUAAGGAAGUUCAGUGUGAAUUGGGAAUUGAAAUGAGCAAUUUUAAAAUUGAAGAAUCGCCGGUCGAACCUCUAGAGACCAGCAAUUUGCCUGCCCAAGAAGUUCUGGAGACCGACCAUGUUUACGAGGCCACCAUCAUGCAUAUCGACGGCGCCUUCUUCUGGCUUAUCACUGAAAACCCUGGUGAGCUUGAAAGCUUUAUAGAGGACAUGACAGCGUUCUACAGAGCGAACCACAAAGACAUGACGCUGGAUGAGGUGAAAGCGCUCGCCUGCUGCGCCUACUACGACGACGAGAGCGACUGUUACUACCGGGGACUGUUCCUUAAGCUCAUUGUGGAUUCGGAACUAGCAGAGAUAUUCGUAGUGGACACGGGCGAGCUGCGGGUGGUGCCUGCGGAGUGCGUGCAGCCGCUGUACACGCGCUUCUGUGCCAAGCCGCCCUGUGCUCGCUGCUGCUAUCUAGCGGGGGUAGAUCUACUCAGUUACCAGAACAAGACCUUGAUGGAGAAGCAGGAGGACUUCAUGAAGGAGUACGUCGGCAAACAGUGCACCAUUGAAGUAGACGACAACACUUCGGAAUCUCUCGGCGUUUACGUGAUGUUACCUUCAGGCGAGGUCCUCAACGACAUCAUAGUUCAACAGGGACUGGCUUUGCCAAUAGAUAAGCCGCAAGAAGAACAGAAAACUGAAGAGCAUAUCCCGCCACCACUCGAAACUGACUUGGAUAUAACUAGCUGUCCCGAGUACGAAGACCCCGUGGAAGCAGUCACGGGUUAUAGUAAUCGAGACGAGGCAGAUAUCUGCAAACACUAUAAGGGAGGUCCAGAGAAAACUUGCUUCAAAGGAAAACGGUGCACCAAGAAGCAUAUACUCAAACAUCCAGACGGCUGGACACUAGACCAGGUGCCAGUGUUCGGCAAGUGCAACACGAUGCCGCUGCCGGCGCCGGGCUCGUGGCACAAGGUGCUCGUCACAUGCGUCGCUCAUUUCGACUUGCUUUACGUACAGUUUUGUACGGAAAAACCAGACGAUGAAAUCCCCGGCUUCGGCGUAGUACUGCCGCCGGUGACACUGGAGACCAUGUCACGUGACAUGAACAGCCCAGCCACGCGCAUUGCGUACAAACCAUUCACGAUCGCUCCGGCGCCGGGCGAGUACGUGGCGGCGUUGUACCCGGCCGACAACCUGUGGUACCGCGCCCAGGUGCUGUCCGUUACCCGCUCCGACCAGAACGUAGAGCUGAUAACUUCGCAGGUGAUGUACAUAGACUACGGCACCCGGCUCUGCGUUAGAGAAGACCAGCUCCGCUGCUUGGAGCCUCGUCACAUGUUGCUGCCGAUGCAGGCGGUGUGCUGCAAGCUGGCCGGCGUGAAGGAGCGGUCUCCCAGCUCCACGCAGUGGGCCAGCGCCAAGCAGACCCUCAGCGAUAUGGUCAUGGACUGCACUCUUGAUGCGCAUAUCAUCUCUCGCGGAUACGACGAAAUAACAGUAGAAUUGUUUGACAAAGAAGGCUACAGCAUAGCAGAGCAAUUGGCAGCCAUUGACAUGGUGAAACUCACUGAAUACAGCGUGGUUGACGAUAGCCACGUCACCACAAAGGUUAUAGUGCCUUAAACAAGCACUUACGUGUUACCCUUCCACCUUAGAGAAGGGCGUUACAUAGUUUGACUUGUAGAACUAUUAUGCUGUAUUCGAACCAAAUAGGCUGUCAGCUGCCGAAUGUGUCAAGCUCACUCUCUCAACGUAUCGUCAAGAUGUGAACGAAAAAGUGAACAUAUAAAUACAAUACUGCGUACCGUCCGCUCGCUAUCGGCGGCUGACAGUCAUUUUGGUUUAAACAACAUUACUGCACCGAGCGAUUGCAGAAAGAAGUUAGUCCUAACUUUUCUUGCCAAUACUUUAAAAAAAGUAUUCAGUUGACUAACUGAUUUCAAGUCAGCAUUUGUACAUAAGUUGUACCAAACUGCCUUUUCUUUAUUUGUUUUUUUUUUACGGAUCUUGAAUUAAUUUCAGUUGAUUAGUUUAAGGGUUCUGUUCAAGUUUGUAAAAUUAAUUGCUAAUUGGAGCAAUA